ACGUGCAGCAGGUGUGGGCGGAAGCUGUGUGUGUUUUUCUUCUUCUUCUUCUCUGCUCUGGUUGUCGGAGCCUGAGAUCGGAUGUGGCGGCGCUCGGUUCCUGAUCAGCUGUGACCCUCCUCUCUCUCUCUCUGUGUGUGUGCGCGUGGAGCUGCUGCUGUGAAGAUGUCGUCGGCCCAACACAACGGGACCUGCAGUCAGCUCAAUAAGUUUGAGAAGCUGUCGUGGAGGCCCUCCACCCGAGACUCCGGCUCUAAGAAGCGGGCUCGAUGGCUUCAGGCUCGACGCAUCUUCUCCCCUUCCUGCCCCAACCUGCGGAUCCCCAACAGGUUUCUGAGAGAAGGACACUGUAUACCUCCCGCCCGCAGUGGUCACCGCUGUGUUGCAGACAGCACGAACCUAUACGUGUUCGGAGGCUACAACCCAGACUUUGAUGAGGCCGGUGGAUCAGAGAAUGAAGACUACCCUCUUUUCAGGGAGCUUUGGCGGUUUCAUUUUGCCACAGCCACGUGGCAACAAGUCCGCACAGAGGGCUACAUGCCCACAGAGCUGGCCUCUAUGUCAGCUGUUUUACAUGGCAACAACCUGCUUGUGUUCGGUGGCACUGGGAUUCCAUUUGGCGAAAACAAUGGCAACGACGUCCAUGUUUGCAACGUUCAGUACAGGCGAUGGAACCUGCUCAGCUGCAGAGGGAAGAAGCCCAACAAGAUCUAUGGGCAGGCGAUGGCCAUUAUAAAUGGCUACCUCUAUGUGUUUGGAGGGACAACGGGCUACCUUUACAGCACCGACCUUCACAGGCUGGACCUGACCACCAGAGAUUGGACCCACCUCAAACCCAACAACACCCCGUCGGAUCUGCCUGAGGAGAGGUACAGACACGAGCUUGCUCAUGACGCACAAAGAAUAUACAUUUUAGGAGGUGGAACUUCCUGGACGUCGUAUCCCCUGGACAAGAUUCACGCAUACAACUUGGAGACAAAUUACUGGGAGGAAAUCAUCACCAAACCUCAUGAAAAAUUAGGUUAUCCUGCUGCCCGUCGCUGUCACAGCUGUGUGCAGGUCAAAGAGGAGGUGUUUAUAUGUGGGGGUUAUAAUGGAGAGCUGAUACUGGCGGACCUGUGGAAGAUCAACCUGCAGACUUUUCAGUGGACCAAGCUGCCCGCUAUAAUGCCAGAACCAGCCUACUUCCACUGUGCUGCAGUCACUCCGGCUGGCUGCAUGUACGUCCACGGCGGUGUCGUCAACAUGUCUGGGAACCGGAGGACGGGCUCUUUGUACAAAGUGUGGUUGGUGGUGCCCAGCCUGCUGGAACUGACCUGGGAAAAGCUGUUGAAAUCUUCCCCUCACUUGGCCCAGCUGUCCACCCACCAGCUGCUCAGCCUCGGACUGACACACGCACUAAUCCAGCGGCUCAAGUAGAGCGAGCACAAAGACUGAAGGAAGCGGUCUGUCAUCGGGUCAACGCUGAUGACUUGACAAAAACAUUUCUUGAAACAAAGUCUGAUGUCAGAUGGUGAAAAUACUCUGAAGGCCUUUUUUUAAAACUUAAGUCUUAUCUGAAUGUGUUUUUUUUUUAAAUGCAAAGUGCAAUGAUUUAUUUUUCUCUGUAUGUGAACGUGUCAGAUUUGAGUUUGCACGUGUCCGUCAGAAGCCGCAUGUCAGUGUGGAAACCAAAUUCACUGUACGAUGACUGCUUGUUGCUCAGAGGUAUCUUGUGCUAUGCUCAUAACUUACGUCGUGCACUUUUUUUUUUUUUACCACUCAUCACUGUUGCAGACACUUGUGGAGCAGGAAUAGUUGACUGUUCCUUAGACCACUUCCUGAAAGGCUAAAUGAAUGUUGCUUCUGCUCAGAGGCUGAGAUACUGUAUGUUUGUUUUCUCUGAUGCCGACACGUUGCCGCCGAUCAGCUGCUGCUGGGUCCACUGUGAUGUAGUUAAGCUUUAGAAAUGACUGAAGUUUUAAACCGGAGAAAACUGCGACCUGUUUCCUGAGAGACGCUCAAAUUUCUGCUCAAUCAGAAACGUGUGAGAUUUCCCUGAAAAGUGUCACACAGCUGGUGAUGCAUAACCAUGAUACCUCUUUAACAGUCAACAUUUUUCAAAGCAUCAUGUUUUAGCCUCGAGGACUUUCUGAUUGCAUGCUGAUUACAAGCUGUGAUUAUAACUCCACUGUUCCGAUUUGAAAGCGUUCACGUCACUGGUCACAUUACUGAAGCUUGUGAUCAGACAAAAAACCCCCAAAGCCUCUUUUAAACAUCUGGGAUGUUGCAUCACUGUGAAGCUUCUUGUGCCGUUUGGAUUCUUCUGUUUUUGGGAAAAUGAAGCUUAUUAAAGUUAGAGAUGAAUUUUACACACUUGUAGCUCCACAGCGAUUCUCAAGCCUUUUUUGAUUUCUUCAUUCGGUGCCUUCUGAAUUUCCAAAAUGUCACACACGCUUUAUUUUUUAUAUUAUUGUAAAUUAGUUUUUUAAAGACUGGUUUCUUUACAAUCCUGCAAUGUUUCUUUCCCCAUGUAAUUUACCUGGUGCUCUCCACGAGGCUUUUGUUGCUGAACCUUUCCGCUCAUGAUUAAUCAGGAGACACGACUGCAGCUAAAGGUUUUAUCAUCAACUCAUCUCCACAAACACAUUAGAUCUAUUUAUAUUUAUCAUUGUGCUGUUUUAACCUUUUUUUUUUUUACAAAACUUUAAACUGUAGCAGGUCAUGUAGCUGCACUUUCUCUUUUCACCUGAUUGUCAUUUCAGUUCUCACUUCAAAACGAAACUCCAUUUAAACUUUUUUUUAUACCGUAACAUUGACUCUAUUAUUGUUUGUUUUACUUUUGGUCUGUUUUCUCUCGACGAUGUUCUGCUGUAGUGUUGUUAUACAAACUAAGUGGAAUGUGGGACCAUUCUUUUUUUAUUAUUUUUAAUUUUUUAAACUAGGAACAAGGUCAGAGUGGUAUGUGAAGAGUAUGUCGGUCGUACUCAGGAUGUAAAAUACUGUGAUCAGACUCUCACUCUGUUAAAUGUCAGCAGGCUCGGUCAUUUCCUGUGAAAUCAGAUGUCAUCACACUCCGGAUGGUUUUCACUAACAGAUCUUUAGCUGUAACUGUCAAUGUUGAAUACUGUAGAAAUACUCAGUCACCCGUGUUCACUUUCAAAAUCCCACUUUUUCCCCUGAGCUCUGGCCUUAUUUAUAUCUGCCUCACUGCACGUUGACACCUGGUAAAUGUCCCACGUUGCUUAAAGAGUGAUGUGUUUAUACUUGCAUCGUUUUGGAUGUUAAUGUAAGUUAAAUGAUCUUAUGCAUGUCGGUAUGGUGUGCAUGUCACUUCUCGUAAACUCCUGGGAGAAAAAGGGGUGAAUCCCUCCUCGCAGGCAGUUAUGGUUGUAAUGUACAUUAUGUUUUGUAAUUCCUGUCUGUACCAACAAUAAAGACACAGGCAGUCGGUUUUUCAUAAUA